GUCAUGGGUGGGGGGCGACUUGGCAUUCGUAGCAGCGUCCAGAUCCUAGGGCUUUAAUCGAGGAACCCUUGAAGGGUGGAGGUGCUUGGGAAGCCUGCCCCUAGUUCUCCUGCUUAGGCCCCAUCCUCCGGGUCCGAAUCCAGGGCUGGCGCGUGGCCACUGCGACCUCCGGGAAGCGGGGACUUUUGGGGUCACACCCAGCACCGCAGUGCAUCCGUUCUGUGAGCCUGGCCCUGGCCGGCCCGCCCCCGCCGCAGCUGCUGCUUCCAUCUCCACCGCGCCCGGCCCUUUCUGCCUCGUCAUCUCCUCCCCAGCCAAGGCUCGACCAGUGAGUGGGGCCGCCGGGAGCGCACGGACCGGGAGCUCCCCAGACCCCCGGCUGCGGUAGGGAAGAGAAACUGAGUUUGGGCAAAAUCCGCGCCCCACCAAAACCAGCCGCACCCGAAGGAGAGUGGAUUCUGUCCUCCCUCCCUUUCUGCACUCGAUUUGGGGGACAGGCUUUGGAAGCCUCAAGUGAAGAGGGUAGAGGAGCCACAGUACGCAGUGCAGUGAUGUCAGCCUAGUGCCCCCACCAUGGGCAACACGCAGGAGAGGCCAUCAGAGACGAUCGAUCGCGAGCGGAAACGCCUGGUAGAGACGCUGCAGUCGGACUCGGGGCUGCUGCUGGAUGCGCUGCUGGCACGGGGCGUGCUCACCGGGCCCGAAUACGAGGCGUUGGACGCGCUGCCUGAUGCCGAGCGCAGGGUACGCCGCCUGCUGCUGCUGGUGCAAAGCAAGGGCGAAGCCGCCUGCCAGGAGCUGCUGAGCUGCGCCCAGCGAACCGUGCGCGCGCCCGACCCCGCCUGGGACUGGCAGCACGUGGGCACGGGCUACCGAGAACGAAGCUACGACCCUCCAUGCCCAGGCCACUGGACUCCUGAGGCAGCUGGCUCAGGGACCGCAUGCCCCUGGCUGCCCAGAGCUUCAGAUUGCGAUGAGGCGCGGGGUCCUGAGGACUCCGAGGCAGCGCAAUCCGGAACCCUCGAGGAAACUGAGCCAGAGCUGGAAGCUGAGACCUCUGAAGGGGCUGAGCCGGAGUUGGAACCCCAAAUGGAUCCUGAACCAGAGCCAGGGACGGAAGCAGAGCCCGACCUGGAGCCGGAGCCCGACCUGGAGCCGGAGCCCGACCUAGAGGCUGGGGACGAAUCUGAAGAUUCCUGAAAGCCUUAAAGCUGACAGGCCGCUCCUCGCCCUAGCAGGAUGGGAUCUAGGAUCCUGCCCUGCCGGGGUCAGAUGCCACGAAGCCUCCCUCUGUCCCAGUACCACUGAAAGUGAAUAAACUCUGGAGGGUCAGCUUGGA